GCUCCGUAUGUCUUUUCUCGGGCAAGGGCGGAGCGUCGUUUGAAGCACGGCCCCUUUUUCCUCUCUUCUAUCCUGGCCGCGCAUUGUUCCCUCCUCUCUAUCCCGGCCGCGCGCUGUUGCUGCCGCCGCGGCUCUGCCUCCUUCUCGAGCUCGCGCUUCCCCACAGCUGUUGCCUUUCGUUACCCCCGCACAGCUGCUGUUGUCUGCGGCGCGCGCUCUCCCCGCUGCCGCCUCAUCGCGGCGCCGGGUUACCGCCUAAAAUGACUACCGUGCGAAUGCAGUAGAAUAAAUGGCGUCAAAAGUAACAGAUGCUAUAGUCUGGUAUCAGAAGAAGAUCGGGGCAUAUGAUCAACAAAUAUGGGAAAAAUCUGUUGAACAAAGAGAAAUCAAGGGUCUGAGGAACAAGCCAAAGAAAACUGGACAUGUGAAGCCAGACCUCAUAGAUGUCGAUCUUGUAAGAGGAUCUGCCUUUGCUAAAGCAAAACCUGAAAGUCCUUGGACCUCUCUGACCCGAAAAGGAAUUGUUCGAGUAGUUUUCUUUCCAUUUUUCUACAGGUGGUGGUUACAAGUGACAUCAAACGUCAUCUUUUUCUGGCUGCUUGUUCUUUACCUUCUACAAGUUGGUGCAAUAGUAUUAUUCUAUACAGCAGCAAGCCCACAUAACAUACCUCUGACUGAAGUAAUUGGGCCAAUAUGGCUAAUGUUGCUACUUGGAACUGUGCAUUGUCAGAUUGUUUCAACACGAACUCCUAAACCACCACCUAGCACAGGGGGUAAAAGAAGAAGGAAAUUAAGGAAAGCAGCACAUUUGGAAGUACAUAGGGAAGGAGAUGGCUCUAGUACCACAGAUAACACACAGGAGGGAACAGUGCAGAGCUACAGUACAAGCACCCCUUACAGUAUUGGCGCCGUCUUCAGAGAUAUCUGGCAUGCUGCUUUCUUUUUAUCAGGAUCAAAGAAAGCAAAGAAUUCAAUAGAUAAAUCAACAGAGACUGAUAAUGGCUAUGUCUCCCUUGAUGGGAAAAAGACAGGUAAAAGCAGUGAAGAUGGAGUACAGACCCAUGAGCCUCACUGUGAAGUGAUUAGGCCAGAAGAGGGAGGUUGGAGCACAGGAACUGUGAGAAACACAUACAACAAUCAUAGUCCUCACAAAGAUACACACAGGACAGUAACAAAUGUAUCUGAUGAAGUUUCAAGUGAGGAGGGACCUGAAUCUGGAUAUCCCUUACGCCGUAAUGUAGAACGUGCUUCUAGUGACUGUGCUCUUCGAAACAGGAAAUCCCACCAUUAUAAGAAACACUACCCUGUGGAGGAUACCCCUAAAUCAGGUACUAGUUGCAGUUCACGAUGUUCAAGUUCCAGACAAGAUUCUGAGAGCACAAGGCCUGAAUCGGAAACCGAAGAUGUGCUCUGGGAAGAUCUGUUGCACUGUGCAGAGUGCCGGUCUUCCUGUACCAGUGAGACAGAUGUAGAAAACCCUCAAGUUAAUCCUUGUGUGAAAAAAGAAUAUAGAGAUGACCCAUUUCAUCAGAGUCAUUUGCCCUGGCUCCAUAGUUCCAAUCCAGGACUAGAAAAAGUAAGCGCUAUUGUAUGGGAGGGUAAUGAUUGCAAGAAAGCUGAUAUGUCAGUGCUUGAAAUCAGCGGCAUGAUAAUGAACAGAGUGAACAGCCACAUGCCAGGAAUAGGAUACCAGAUUUUUGGAAACGUAAUCUCUUUAAUCCUGGGUUUAACUCCAUUUAUAUUUCGACUUUCCCAAGCUAAGGAUUUGGAACAGCUAGCUACACAUUCUGCUACUGAACUUUAUAUUAUUGCAUUUGGGUCAAAUGGAGACAUACCUGUUCUUUCUAUGGUUAUAAUAAGUUUUGUAGUCCGUGUGUCCCUUGUAUGGAUUUUCUUUUUUCUGCUAUGUGUAGCAGAGAGAACAUACAAACAGAGGCUUCUUUUUGCCAAACUCUUUGGUCAUUUAACAUCUGCUAGAAGGGCAAGAAAAUCAGAGAUUCCUCACUUCCGGCUGAAGAAAGUGCAAAAUAUAAAAAUGUGGCUCUCUCUCCGGUCCUAUUUGAAGAAUGCCCCCAGGAGUAAAAUCAGAUGGAGCAAUCAGAAGAUAAAGUGGAGCUCCAUCUACAAGGAGACUCUCAAGCGUAAUAAAAAGACAGCACUGCCAUGAUUACUCCCAAUCUGCAAACCCUUCUUCCAAGGAAUGGCUUGUUAGGGUUUCUGCUUCCCAUCAUAUCAAUAAAGGCUCUUCCAGAAACCUCUCCAUAAGGGAAGAUCAAUCCUCUUCUUCACGUCUUAAAACUCCACAAAGUGAAUCAUCCUUCCUAAUAAGCGAUUCUUCAGGGUAAAGCCCAAACCCUCACCCCCCAUCUCCCACCCAAGUCCAAGGUCCAGGCCACCUCCAAAAGAAAAAGUCAAGGUAUCAUCCCAGGUUCUUAAAUUAAGUAACUGAGCUGCUGGGCAAAUAAUCCUUUCAGUUUUCUUUCCAAAUGGAAGUUCUGAACUCAGGAGUGUUCUCUAACAACUUAUUCACAGCAUGUUUAUAAAGAUGUUGGUUCAGCUAAGGAUUCUACAGGCUCAUUUAAACCUGUUCUUAGAUGACAUAUUUACCAGAACACUAUUUUUGAGGAUCUUGCAGGAAGUGACCCAAGAGGACCCCUUCUAUUCACCAAGUACGCAGGUUCAUCAUAAACUUGAAAGAGCGUUCCCUGAUCCUCUUUCAAGAAUAAUCCACCUAAUAGUUGAGGUGAACAUAGGGGAACUAGUUUCCCUAUCUAGUCUAUCUAAUCUUAUCUAUUGUGGGUACUUAUAUGAUAUCCAUUACUACUGCAUCUGAGUGUUUUGCAAUCUUUAAUGUACUUGUGCCUAGAAAACUUCUCAGAUAGGGAAGUACAAUUAUCCUCAUUUAUAGAUGGGAAGCUGAGACACAGAGACUAUGUGACUUGACUAGAGACACACAGGAAGUCUGUGGCACAGAAUCAAACCCAGUUUUUCAGAGUCCCAGGCUAGUGCCCUGAUCACUGGAAUUUCUUUCCUCUGUAGACAACAGAGAUCAUCUUCUUCUUCUUUUGUAUGACUGGUGGAGAGCAGCAACGACAAUUUCACCUGAAGUUGAUUGAACCAGGUGGCUACAUCAGGAGGAGCAAAAUUUAUUGCAGUGGAUGCCUCCUUCAUAUUUAUAAGAUUUGAUAAGAUGCAGACAGUGAUUUCCAGGGUAUCGUGGAAUCAGGUGUCUUCCAUCCGUCUUUAACUGCAGCUUCAGUUUCCAGCAUAGAGAUUCUCCAGGGGUUGGCUGAGCCCUAUAGCCUCAUGGAAAAGACUAAACUGCCUCCAGCCUUUGCAGGAAGUGAGGUUUAGUCUGAAUGUCUGGGAAAGAGAUUAGUCCCAGAAAGAAAAUGUCAUGUAACAAAUUUUCUACAGUACUUGGCCUUUUUAAUGAAAUAAGCUUCCUUUUCUAAGAUUAAAUAUAAAAAAGCUACACUGCCUAGACUUCUCAACUUAAUUAUAUCCUUGAAUGCUAACUUUAUACAGAGUAUACCAUUGUUAAAAAUGCUUUUUUUUUCUGGGAGGCCAGGAGGUCUUCCACUUUUCCUUUUUCGAUCCUGAAAUGGUCUGUUUUCCUUUGCUUCCACCACGCUUCUGUUUGAGAAAGUCAGGGCAUCACUUCAUUUUGAACCCUUCCAACACCACUUUCUUAAAGGGAACUGUCAACUUAAAAAUGUUGUAAACAAUCUUGUUUACCAAUAUUAUUAAAAUAAUAUUUAAGUUAAUAUUGUAUGAAAGUUUUGAAAUACAGAUUACUUGUUAGUACUUAUGCUCUUUAUUUCUCUCCUCUCCGACAAUGGAAAUCAGUUUCACUUUAUGUAGUCGCUUACUUAGUACAGCAAUAUUUGUGUUUCAACACUGCAAUUAAAAAAAGAAAGCCAUACCUACUAGGACCAUCUGUCCAUUACUUCAGGCUCUCCUUUCAUUAUAAGUAAAAAUCAAUGGUUUAGUAAAUUCACUGCCAUCUUAUACAAUUAUACUUUGUUCCCACCAUGUAACUAUUAUAGCAUAAUUCACAAAUUCUCCUCACCUCAUCCUGUUCCAUCCCCACAUACCCCUGAAAAUAGGGGAGCCUUGCGACACAUCUGGAAGGUUAACCAGUUUGGACUCCAGAAGACCAAAGAAGGAAGCAUUAUUCCAUAGUCGAGUGACCCUCACAGAGAGUGCCUUUCUGGCAGUUCCUUCUCAUCUCUGUCAAGGGAGCUCCAUUUCUAGCAACUCUGCUGAUCACAACUGUGAUAGUAUGGAAUAAUGAAAGAGGCAAUCUCUAAAAUAAUAUUAGACCAAAACCAUAUAGAAGUGCUUUAAAGGUCAAAAUAAAAACCUUGAAUUCUACCUGAAAGCCCAGAGUCUCUGGUGUUGUUAGACAAGAUGUUAUCAGAUACUCUGGACAAACUGUAGCUUCAAAUGAUCACAAGGCGCUUUCCUAAGCGGAGCGCAUUACGUCAUACAAAGAAAUUAUUUCAAAGAAAAAAGCACAGAACUAUUUUUAGUAGAACUUUAGACCGUUUAUAUAACUGUGUUCAGCCUAUCAAGAGCCAAAAUUUUGUGUUUACUGUAUAUGCAGUUCAUUUGGCCCCUGCACCAUAUUAAAUUGACUAAUAAACUGUAGACUACAUUGUAGUCCAAAAACAAUUUGUCAAUUAUCCUCCCAUGCAUUUUUGUGGAUGAAUUUAUUGCUUUAUGAAAACAUUGCCUAAAGACAUGCAGAACGCAGACACAUUCUGUUGUAAAGAUUUCCUGGAUAGUUUUGCCAAAGCCCUUCAUUUUUGAUUUGUACAAUUCUGCUGUUCCAGAGCCUGUUUUGAGCCAACGUGCCAACUUGUGCAAACUGUGGGUUAUAUAAUGUGGGUAGCUAUGAAGCAAAGAGAGACACUGCCUUGACGCAGCUUGUAUGUUCUGUUGUGAUUCAAGACAUUGAGAUUUUAGAAUGACAUUCAUAUGUGGCAUUUUCGUUUCCCCUUUUUUGUUUUUUUCCCCAUUUGUCACGCAUGCACUAAUAAACUUUGUGCUAGGACAAGCUGUUCUCAAUAUUCACUUUGAUCAUUAUCCAGAAAAAAGUGGAGUCACUGGAUUCAGGAGAAAUUAUAUGUCUUGUUUGUUCAGGUUCUAAGUGUGUCCCAAAUAAGUAAAUGAUACCUCACAAUCAAAAACUCCUACAUUUCUCAUUCAUGCAACAGAGAAGUAAAAUUUUCAGAAGGGAAAAGAAAGAUGGGAAGUAAAAAUGAAUGUAUGUUCAUAAUGUACACAUUUUUCAAUCCAGCAGAGGGCACUCAAUUCUUAAAGGAACCACCCCCCCCCCCCCCCCAGUAUUACAGGAUCAUCUUGCUGUAUAUGUAACUGGGAGUGAGGUUAUUGAAAACAAUAAAAACAUGCCUUUCCAGUCAUAUUAGCCUGUCCCAGACCUUUCUUUUUUUCCAUCCCUCCCUCAUGAGAAUUUUCGCAUGUAGAAGCAUAGUAUGGCUAUGUGGGAUAAUCUUUUGGUAUCCCAAUGCAGUAUUCUUAUACUGAAAGAUUGUUGUACUGAUGUAUGUAGAUGGCAUCUUGAUAGCAGUAGUCUGUAUUCCAACUCUGCUGUCAACCCAAGUUUAGUUCUUUGCUAUGGCCUGAGGCAGAAUAUCUUUUCCAUUCAUAAGGCAGUUAAGGAAUACUAUUAACUAGCAACUUUUGAUCACUGAGGAACUGAGCAAACCAGUGUUUCAUAGUCUAUUAUAGUUUCUCUGAGCCACCCACUUCCCCUUUCUUCUUCAUUGGUGAUGCAUUGUCUCAGGAAAUAUUAAUGUGUAGCUACACUGUAAAAU